AUGUUUCGUCCGAAAUGUGUGGCUACCACUGGUCAAUCUAUCAUUGACGAUGCGCCGGGAGAUUCUCAAGUUGCAGCUCCCAGGAGCUACUUCAAGAGUGUCCAAUGGAGCUCCGAUGGAACAUGUCUAAUCGCCAGCUGUUCAGACAACGCCGUCGAUACUUUUGUUGUGCCCGUAGACCUGCUUGAGGAAGCAUCAGAACCACGAAUACUUUCUCCGUAUUGCAGUAUACAGGCGGCAGAGUCUGUCAAGGCUGUGGUCGGGUAUCCGUUUUUCAAUCUUCAGGAUCCUUCCACCACGUUGAUCUUAUCGUCCAUGAGAGAUCAUCCGAUCCGGAUGAACUCUGCUCUAACCGGCCAGCUGGUUGCAUCAUAUCCGCUAGUCAAUCCCAUGACCGAGGAGUUCAUCAGUCCCCAUUCCUUGACGUUCAGCAGUCAGGGUGAUCGCAUCAUCGCCGGAUCAGAAUCCUUGAUCUCGGUCUUUGACGUGACUCGACCAGGGCAAGAGCCGGUUUCUUCGAUACCCACCGGGCCGAAAUGGAGAAAGGCAGCUGACUUCAGUGGUGCAGUCAAUAUGCGAGGGAUUGUGUCCACGCUCAGCGUUGAGCCCUCAACUGGCCUUCUAGCUGCUGGGACUUACAGCCGGUGUGUUGGUCUGUACGAUUCCUUGGGUCAAGGCGACUGCGUUGGGGUCUUCUCCGUCCAAGGUACAGGCGCCGAUUUGCGAAUUGGUGGACGAGGGAUAACCCAGGUGCUCUGGAGUUCGUGCGGGAGAUAUCUCUACAUUGCCGAGAGGAAAAGCAACGGUGUCAUGCUCUAUGAUAUCCGUAAAACCGGCCAGCUUUUGGCGUGGCUAGAGGGUCGAGCAGCCAUGACAAAUCAACGGUUGGGUAUUGACCUAGUGGGCGCUGGCGAUCAAGGGACCAUCGAAGUAUGGGCUGGUGGGCUUGACGGUCUCUUCAGGAUGUGGAAAGAUCCUCAACAAAAAGAAGGCCCGAUCUCACCGGCAUUCGAGUUCAAGGGCCACGACGACGCUGUCUCGAGUGCUGUGGUUCAUCAUGGUGGUGGCGUGCUUGCCACUGCAUCUGGUCAACGGCACCCCACUGUGGAAUGUGAAGAUGUGCAAACAAAAGAGAUGGUGCUAGAUAAGAAUGUGAAGAUCUGGGAGUUAUGA